AUGAUGGAGAAAGUUAUGAAAAUACCGCCACAACAACGAUUACCGCAGAAAGAAGGAGAAGACACGAUGAAACCAUUCACUGAAGCAGAUACAAACCAUGCCAUCGAACGCCUCAAACGACACAAAACAGGAGGAACGAUUGGCCUAAAUCACGAAUUUGUCCAAGGCUUUGUGGAAAUGAUUUAUUCCGUUACGAAAAUAAUUGAGACUCAGCGGAAGCUAUGGAUUACCGUCCAAUUGUCUAAUUCACCACGACAUAUAAAAGUUUUGAAAGUACAUUAG